AUGCCUCCGACACUCUAUUUGGUCCGCCACGCCGAGGGCGAGCACAAUGUCAAUCGUCGCCACCACCUCCGCGACCCCCACCUCACUCCGCUCGGCCACACGCAAUGCGCCGCCCUCUGCGAGACCUUUCCGGACAAUGACAAGGUCUCGAUCGUCAUGGCGUCGCCGCUGAAGCGCACCAUCCAAACCGCAUCCUACUGCUUCGGCGCCGCCCUGGCGCGACCCGACGUCCCUUUCCUCCUCGUGCCCCACGCCCAGGAGGUCGCCGCCAACCCGUGUGACACGGGAUUCGCUGCGGACGAGCUGAAGGCGGCGCUGCCCGAGAUGGUGGAUGCGAAGAGUGUGGAGUUCGAUCUGGGGAAGAUUGAUUUCGGGUUGGUGGAGGAGGGGUGGAACUCGAAGAGCGGCAUCUACACGCCAUCCUUCCCGGCCGUCGAGCGCCGCGCCGCGCUGUUCCGCGCCUGGCUGCGCGCCCGCCCCGAGGAAAACAUCGUGCUCGUCACCCACGGCGCUUUCCUGCACUACCUCAUGGAGGACUGGACCGACUACGACCCCAAGAAGGGCACGGGCUUCUGCAACUGCGAGGUCCGCCGCUACGGCUUUGCCGAAGAUGGCAGCUUGAAGGCGCUGGAAGGCGAGGCGAGCAAGCCCGGCUAUGUGAAGGGUGAGAGGCCGGACUGGGUGAAUAAGAAUGUGCUGAGCGAUGUGGAUCCGAUGGCUUCGGGGGAGGAGGCGCGGUUGUGA